CAAAAGAAGACGGCGCCAAUUUCAAUCCCAAGAUAAGGUUCUUGCGUUCUCUAUUUCCCUCUUCUAAUCCUCUCUCGCGCAAUUUUGUGGCUCUCAAUCUCCUUCCUUGAUAUACCACCCACGCCCUUCUGUCCUGAAGAGAAAGAGGAGAGAGAGGGGGAGAGAAACAAAGCCAUUCUGAUAAACCCUAAACCAUGACUACUCUACAAGCUUCGCUUCUUCUCAGCCUUUCACUCUCUCCAACACCUUCUUCUAAAUUCAAACGUUUUCAGCUCUCCCGCUCCUCCGCCUCUUUUACUUGGACCCCUAAUCUUUAUCAAGCUACGCCUCCAAGUUGUCAAAGUUUCGGAUUUGUCCAUCGUACUCUAUCGAUUUCUUGCACAUUGCACCCUGACAAUGCCAGUACGAAUCAAGAAUCGGACUUGGCGGUGAGUUCUGAAGUUGAAGGAUCGAGUUUGAAUGAAUUUAGUGGUGGGAAUAAUUCAGUAUCCAAUGUGGGUAAGCCGGAAACUGAGGAAUUUGGCGGAGAAAGGUUGGAUUUUGAGGUGGAGAGUACGUCUGGGGAAAUGGGUUUGGAGAAUGGGGACGGAAAGAGUGAGAAGGUGGCGGAAAUGGAGGGAAAGAGUGGGAAUUUGGUUGGGCAGAAGAAUGGAAAUGGAAUGCCAUUGGUGGUGUUCUUGAUGGGGUUGUGGGCAACUACAAGAAGUGGGUUCUCGAAGGUGUUGGCUUCCGAUUGGUUCAGUUGGUGGCCAUUUUCGCAGCAGGAAAAGCGGUUGGAGCGUUUGAUUGCGGAGGCUGAUGCCAAUCCCAAGGACGCUGUAAAGCAGAGUGCUUUGCUGGCUGAGCUCAACAAGCACAGUCCUCAGUCUGUCAUCAAGCGCUUUGAACAAAGGGAUCAUAGUGUGGACAGUAAAGGAGUUGCUGAGUAUCUGCGAGCUCUUGUGGUCACUGAUGCUAUUUCUGAUUAUCUUCCAGACGACGAAUCCGGAAAGCCGUCUAGCCUUCCUUUAUUGCUACAAGAGCUGAAGCAGCGUGCAUCAGGCAACAUGGACGAUCCCUUUCUGAGCCCUGGCAUAAAUGAGAAGCAGCCAUUGCAUGUGGUGAUGGUUGAACCUAAAGUAUCAAAUAAAUCUCGUUUUGCACAAGAGAUUAUAUCAACUAUCUUGUUCACAGUUGCUGUUGGAUUAGUGUGGUUUGUGGGUGCUGCUGCUCUUCAAAAGUACAUAGGGAGCUUGGGUGGGAUAGGUACAUCUGGUGUUGGCUCAAGUUCUUCCUAUGCCCCAAAAGAGUUGAAUAAAGAAGUGACUCCCGAGAAGAAUGUUAAAACAUUUAAAGAUGUAAAAGGUUGUGAUGAUGCAAAGAAGGAACUUGAAGAGGUUGUGGAGUACCUGAAAAACCCAACUAAGUUUACUCGCCUUGGGGGCAAGUUACCUAAGGGAAUUCUUUUGACAGGAGCACCAGGAACUGGAAAGACUUUACUUGCUAAGGCUAUUGCUGGAGAAGCUGGUGUACCAUUUUUCUAUAGAGCAGGAUCUGAAUUUGAAGAAAUGUUUGUUGGAGUUGGUGCUCGCCGUGUAAGGUCCUUAUUCCAAGCAGCCAAAAAAAAGGCUCCUUGCAUCAUCUUUAUUGAUGAAAUAGAUGCUGUUGGGUCCACUAGGAAACAAUGGGAAGGGCAUACGAAGAAAACGCUGCAUCAACUACUUGUAGAAAUGGAUGGUUUUGAGCAGAAUGAGGGAAUAAUUCUGAUGGCUGCAACAAACUUGCCUGAUAUUCUUGAUCCAGCAUUGACAAGGCCUGGUAGAUUUGAUAGGCAUAUUGUUGUUCCUAAUCCGGAUGUGCGAGGUCGUCAAGAGAUAUUGGAGCUCUAUCUACAGGACAAACCAUUGGCUGAUGAUAUAGAUGUUAAAGCUAUUGCUCGUGGGACACCAGGAUUCAAUGGGGCAGAUCUUGCAAACUUGGUAAAUAUUGCUGCCAUUAAAGCUGCUGUUGAUGGCGCUGAGAAGCUGACUGCUUCACAGUUGGAGUUUGCGAAGGACAGGAUUGUUAUGGGUACUGAAAGGAAAACAAUGUUCAUAUCUGAGGAUUCGAAAAAGCUCACGGCAUAUCAUGAAAGUGGUCAUGCAAUUGUUGCUUUGAAUACUGAGGGGGCACAUCCAAUUCACAAGGCAACAAUUAUGCCUCGUGGGUCUGCUUUAGGAAUGGUCACCCAGCUCCCAUCAAAUGAUGAGACAUCAGUUAGCAAGAGGCAGUUGUUAGCCCGUCUUGAUGUCUGUAUGGGAGGAAGAGUGGCAGAAGAGAUCAUCUUCGGUCAGGAUCAUAUCACAACUGGAGCAAGCAGUGAUCUUCACACAGCUACAGAGCUUGCCCAUUAUAUGGUAUCAAACUGUGGCAUGAGCAACAUCAUUGGGCCAGUUCAUAUCAAAGAUCGUCCGAGUCCAGAAAUGCAAUCUCGUAUUGACGCUGAAGUGGUGAAACUGUUAAGAGAAGCAUACGAUCGUGUAAAAGCACUUCUGAAGAAGCAUGAAGAGGCAUUGCAUACAUUGGCAAAUGCACUUUUAGAGUACGAAACCCUUGGUGCAGAAGAAAUCAAGCGUAUUCUUCUUCCGUAUCAGGAUGGCUUGCUACCCGAGCAACAAGAGGAGCAACAAGAGGGGGAUCUUGUACUGGUUUAAACUUCAUCUCCUUUUCUUUGAUGUAAUUUUAUCCUCUUUUUUUUUCGGGAAAAAGGGGAAAAGGAGGGGUGGGGUUUGGGGUGGGCGGAGCGGCGGCGGCGGUUGUAUAGUGAUGCAGUACUGCUUACGAAACUUUUCCGAUAGCAUCCACACUGCGUUUUAGGAAUUGUGCCCAUUUAGUUUGGAACAUCACUUUUACUCUCGACUUCAAUUGAAGGAGGAUACAAAUAAACACAAAUAAAGAAUAUUUCCACAA